CAUCAGCAAUUCCAAGUUGAAGUAAUCCCCACAUUAUCUUCUCCGGAUUAAACACAUCUGUUGGUAUCUGUGUUUGAUGUGAUUCCAGUCUUCCUGUUUCCCUUUGUCCAUGUCACUACCUUCACUCUCACAGUCUCACUUUCCCUCCAGAACCUCCUCCACCUUUCUGGAAAAAUCAUGCUCCUCUCUAAAAAGCCUCUUUCUCUCCCUCAUUAUUCAAUUCAGAAUCACUCCAAUCACAAUUCCAAUGGCAACUGUUCUCUUCACUUCAGUUCCGUGCUCCUCUUCUUCGCGGAUUGUCGAGCAAAGCUCACUUCACAUCUCAUCCUUUUCUUCUCACUCUUCCUUUUCCAAAAGGGCGAGAUUUUCGCGCCAAAGAUUCAAUUUUUGUGUGAAAGCUGAGAAUUCAGAUAAGCCCUCUUCAUCUUCGUCUUCGUCCGUGGGGGUGGAGGAACCGAAAGAUGAAGUGAAUGAGAAGAAAGAAUUGCGCUUAGAUAAUGGGUCGAGUAGCCCCGAGCACGAGGAUGAGGCGGAGGAGAGAGAAGCGCGGCAAGAAAUGGACUGGAAGGUUGAUGAGGAGUUCAAGAAUUUCAUGGGGAACCCCUCGAUUGAGGCUGCAAUCAAGCUCGAGAAGAAGAGGGCUGAUCGGAAGCUCAAGCAGCUUGAUCGAGAAAGGAGUGAUAACCCUCUAAUUGCUUUCUUCAACAAUCUGGUUCGUGAAAAUGUGUCGAAAGAGAAAGAAAGGUUGGAGAAAGUGGAAGAGACCUUCAAGGCUCUUGAUCUUAACAAGCUGAAGAGCUGUUUUGGAUUCGAUACGUUCUUCGCCACAGAUGUUAGGAGGUUUGGAGAUGGUGGGAUUUUUGUUGGGAAUUUGAGAAAACCGAUAGAAGAAGUGAUACCUAAGUUGGAGAAGAAGUUGUCGGAAGCUGCAGGGAGGGACGUGGUUGUGUGGUUUAUGGAGGAGAAUACAAAUGAUAUCACUAAACAGGCAUGUGUGGUGCAGCCCAAGGCCGAGAUGGAUCUCCAGUUUGAAUCUACGAAACUAAGUACUCCAUGGGGUUAUCUUAGUGCAGUAGCACUAUGUGUUACAACAUUUGGGACAAGUGCUUUGACAAGUGGCUUUUUCCUGAAGCCUGAUGCUACCGUUGACGACUACCUGAAUAACGUUGCGCCUCUGUUUGGUGGAUUCUUGACCAUUAUUGCGGUCUCUGAGAUUGCAACAAGGGUGACUGCAGCUCGUUAUGGAGUUAAACUCAGUCCUUCCUUUCUCGUUCCGUCAACUUGGACUGGAUGCCUCGGUGUUAUGAAUAACUACGAGUCUCUACUUCCCAAUAAGAAGGCUUUGUUUGACAUUCCCGUGGCACGAACAGCCAGUGCUUAUCUGACAUCAUUGGUCCUCACUGUUGCUGCAUUUAUAGCUGAUGGCAGCUUUAAUGGGGGUGACAACGCACUGUACAUAAGGCCUCAGUUCUUCUACAACAAUCCCCUUCUUUCCUUUAUACAAUACGUGGUAGGGCCAUACACGGACGACCUUGGCAAUGUGCUGCCAUAUGCAGUUGAAGGUGUGGGAGUCCCUGUCGAUCCUCUUGCUUUUGCUGGACUGCUAGGCAUGGUUGUGACUUCUUUGAACUUGCUCCCUUGUGGGAGACUCGAAGGAGGACGUAUUGCCCAAGCUAUGUUGGGACGUAACAGUGCCACUUUGUUAUCUUUUGCGACUUCCCUCCUGCUAGGGAUUGGCGGCUUAAGUGGAAGCGUGCUGUGUUUGGCGUGGGGGCUCUUUGCGACUUUCUUCCGAGGGGGAGAGGAGAUCCCUGCAAAGGACGAGAUUACGCCGUUGGGAGACGACAGGUUUGCUUGGGGGUGUGUGCUCUUCCUCAUAUGUUUCCUAACCCUCUUCCCUAAUGUAGGGGGAACUUCCACCUCAUAUUUUGGAGGACCAUUUUUCAGGGGUGAUUUGUAGGUUGUAGUGUAUAUAUGUUUGUAUAGCUCUUUUUUUCUCUUAUGUAAUUGUAACCUAGCUUUUCCUUUUGUUUAGGUAUGCUCUGUUUCUCUAAUA